AUGCCUUCUUUCGCGACCUUCGUCGUUUUCCUCAUCCUUGCGCUUGCGCUCCUCGUCGUUCUUCCAAAGCUUCGAGCCGCCGAAUCGAAUUCCGUCAAGCCACUCACGGUCAGGAUCAUUCCUCCAAAGAGUGUCUCUGCUGUCACUCCGGUGAUGGCGGAGCCUCUUCGAGCCCCUGUCCCACGUGUCGAGACAAUUGUUGCUUUCGCACAGCAACUUUCGAUCAGCGACCCGACUGCAGAAGUUGAUGACCUGCUCUCCUCCUUCUCCUCCUUCUCGAUGAAAGCAACUCUUCCACGGUCUUGCUUGAAACGGGAUCGCCGCACGCCUAGCCACCGCCGCGUGCACUUUCAGAGAGAGACUAUUUCCGAAGUCCAUCUGAUUGAGACCUCGCCAGGAAAGAUUGUGCGAAGUGGGGAUACUUCAAGCUCUAUUCGACCACACAUACCUGGGAACACGUUCUACCGUUCUCAUCCCAAUGGCCAACUUUACAUGCUCAAAACUGACGGAGUCUUCAAUUCUCCUGGCCCAUCGCACUUGCACCCCCUGCGAUGCGGCAACAUCAGGAAUUACGGCAGAUGCGAGUCUUGUUUCGUUCCACGGCAACAUAAUGUGUUGGUUGAUAGAGAUUGCAAGGAUUUCCGUUCCAUUCCAACUCCAAGGACCUGGCCGGCGAACUUGCCCUACUACACUUGA